UCCUAUUAAAAAACCAACGGCUCUUUUAAGAGCCACCCAUCCCUUCCCAAAAGGAGCUGAAACACUAGAUUCACUUACUAAUGUCAUGGUGCUUAUUCAAUGAUGCGUUCGCAUCUCGACUAGUCGCAAGAAUCACUGGGGGGGGCAAAUAAAAUGUAUGGUUAUGCAUCAUUAGGAAGGAAUAUGAAACAGCCCCUUGAGAUGGUCGUUCCUUAUACUGCGUCAUGCUGCAGUUUUACCAUCCCUGCUAGACAUCAACGUGGGGCUUAAAUCUGCUGUUAUUUAAAGUAUAUAAAAAAAUCGAACUUGGAAGCACAAGCAAACUGAAGCAGCCCUGCAUUGGAGCCGAGGAUCAUUUCUAUACAUUGCUGUUAGGGGAGUGAGCGCUAACAGCUAUCGUGUAAGGGAAGGCAAGAGUUUGUUUACGAAAGGAUAUUUACGAUCAUUACUCCUGUAUCAGCUUCAGUCUCUGUCGGGGAGGGGGCUAGAGAACGGUGUGAUAGGAAACGGCGAUUUAUAAACAAUUCACUUUCUGCCCUCUUUGAGAGUGGAUUGAAACCAGUUGUUUAAAAGUCCCACUCUAAGGAUUGGCCAGUAAUUUUGUUCUUAAGGGGGAUUCGGUGUUUCAUACUCUCCGCCCCCACAUUCGAGGUGAGCGAUCUCGAGAAAACGACAAAUUACCUCCUAAGGAAUUUUUUCUGGUUUCCAGUCAGAUUCAUGGCUCUUUGUAUAUUGUUUCUCAACGGCAAAAAUAACCUAUAAAGGAAAAUGUGUGUGUACAAUUUCUCAUUUUGUUGAUUUAAUACAAGUCUCAUAAAUAGCCUAGUGCACUUUCUAAAAGGUGCUGUAUUGUUGCGAAAGAACAGAAAAGGAUGGAUACGUUAUUUUGCAUUAGUAUGUUUUCAUUAGAUUCAGAGAAGAAACACGAAGCGAGACUUGUUCUUAAGUCUCACUUUACUAUCUUAAUUUCCCUGAUAGCUUAUCUUAAAUUGUGCUCUCACACAACUACUUCAUACAAGAACAGUGAAGAAAUGACGCUCUGCAACCCGCGCUCAUACCAUAACGAUUUAUGAUAGAUUGAAAAAUAUUUAUUGUCUGGGCAGCCAAUGGUGAUGCGGAUCUAACUCUGACCAAUAGCCCUGUACAAUGUGCCGCAGAGGACGGAUCUUGACUUUCACGUCCAAUAAAAAAAGAGGAAAGGGAAACGCACAAUUUGCAUAAGGCUUCUAUAAGUAGAGGGGCUGCCGCUAUUAUACUGUACUGUUAUUAGGUAUUUAGGGAUUGAGGAGUAGCGUACAUCGAGUAUUUUAAAAUACAAUAAUUUUUAUCAAGAUGCCUGAGCCAGCAAAAUCUGCUCCCGCUCCCAAGAAGGGCUCUAAAAAAGCUGUUACUAAGACUCAAAAGAAGGGCGAUAAGAAGCGCAGAAAGACUAGAAAGGAGAGCUAUUCCAUCUACGUGUACAAAGUGCUGAAACAAGUUCACCCGGACACCGGUAUUUCCUCUAAGGCCAUGGGGAUCAUGAACUCCUUUGUGAACGACAUCUUCGAGCGUAUCGCUGGGGAAGCGUCUCGUCUGGCUCAUUACAACAAACGUUCAACCAUCACUUCCCGGGAAAUCCAGACCGCUGUGCGCCUGCUUCUGCCGGGGGAGUUGGCCAAACACGCUGUGUCUGAGGGCACUAAGGCCGUCACCAAGUACACCAGCUCCAAAUAAAUCGUCUGCUGUAAGAGUACGAACACCUAUAACCCAAAGGUUCUUUUAAGAGCCAUCCAUUUCCUCAUCCAAAGAGCUCUGAUAUCAUUAACUGUUCGUGCUUAUGUUUUUCAAACGCAGUGUAUUUUUUUAAAAGUGCUUUAGUCUCCGGCGACUUGUGAAAGCAUUUUUUUAAAUUGCGUAUGUCCCCUAAAUCGAGAGGAGGUGGGGACUGAUUUCGCUUUAGUAAAUAGCAUUAAGUCCAUUUAAACUAUAUCGGGGUUUCAAAUUGUAAUGAAAAAUGUCGGUGUCCCUCGUUCUCGUUUCCCCACUUCCCAAGCAAUAGUCGAUGAGGUGUCAUCCCCACCAGAUAUAAAAUGGCUAAACGGUUUGUCCGGUAAAUAAAAUU